AAGAAAAGGAGAAUUUUUUUCAUCCAAAUGAUAGCAUUGUUCUUAAACAGGCCAAAUUUGAAAUUAACAAUUGUAUAUAUAAUAUCAAUUAUGGAAAGAUUGAUAAGCAAUUAGUCGAACUACAAACUCAAGCUAUUGUAAAGUCAAUUGAUCGUAGCCAAAUUUCUCAAGAGGCAUAUAGAUCUUUGGCUAGACUUGAUGAAUUACUAAUCUGA